AAUAUACGUUAUAUUUAACCUGAUUAAGGGCAGAUUCUUUUCCUUGUUCUUUAAAUGAUACUAUUGGACAAUAUGUAUUUCAAAUCGAAUAUACAAAUACAACUCCAUAUGUUAUUCGUUUAUAAUAUUUAAGGUUAGUUCCUAAAAAGGGUUUGAUGCACAUAAGUAUAUAAUAUUUAUAUAUGUAUACCUAUUGAAAUACAUAUAGAAGUGUCUAUAGAUCCAAAUUCUGUACUGGCAAACUGACAUCAACUGGCAUUUAACCACCAGCUGAUUUUAGUUUCGAUUAUUCCACUUUAAACAAACACUAUGGCCUCAGCUUCAAGUACAAGCGCUCGUAGUUUAUUUGUCGAGUCAAAAAUGAGAUUGGCCGAUAGAGUGCAAGUUAAUGUGAAUAAUAUUGCUUCCCUUGCCAGGCAAAUACAAAGAGGCUCAAAAAGCAGUGAAGUAUUAAUGCACAGUGCAAAAAAUUUUGCACAGCAAGAGCAUAAGUUAGAAAAUGCAGGAACGAAUUUGAAGUUAGUUGAUCUUAUAGCUACACAUUUAGACUAUCAAAUGGAAUCCAUGAGUGGGAGUUCUUUAAUCUUAGAAGAAGUUACUGAGCAAGUACGUGCUAUGCAAAGAUAAAUUAUGAGUAAUAAAUUAUAUUAUAAAACUUAUAAUGCAUAGUUUAUUGCAUAUCUUGUAUGUUUAUAAGUGAAAUGUGAAGAAUAAUACUUGAUAUAUAUUGUUAAA